AUGGCGGCCAGAUUCUCCUCGCGCUUUCUCCGCCGCUACCUCCUCCGCCACCACUUCACCUCCGCGAGCGCGGUAAUCACCGUACCAAAAUCCCACCCCUUCGAGCGUACCGUCCUCAGUUGUCACCGAUCCCCGUCCUUCACCCACCCGCAGCACCCAUUCCUGCGCUUUCUCUCCACCCGAUCACCCCGCCCGACCCGAUCCAAGCCUGACGUCGGCGCUCGCGCCCGCCAGAUGCAGACCCGCCGCCUCUGGACCUACGCCAUAACGUUCAGCUGCAUCGCGGGGUUCAUAGUCAUCGUCAUCAACCAGUUCCAGGACCAGCUCGUCUUCUACAUCACCCCCACCGACGCCCUGCAGAAGUACAAUUCCGACCCGACCAAGUCCAAAUUCCGUUUAGGCGGCCUUGUCCUCGAGAACAGCUAUAUCCAGAUUCCUGAUUCACCGGAAUCCCAAUUUGUAAUUACCGAUCUGAUUACGGACAUUUUGGUCAAAUACGACGGCAGCUUGCCAGAUCUGUUUCGAGAGGGCCACUCGGCAGUGGUGGAGGGGUUUAUCCGGCCCGUGGAUGAUGGAGUACGGAAAAAAGAGGAAAUUGCCCUUAGUAACAGCAGCAAAUUUGGGGUAACCGAAAAGGCUAGGAGCUUGAAUUGCUAUUUCGCAGCCACUGAGGUUUUGGCGAAGCACGAUGAGAAGUAUAUGCCUGCUGAGGUGGCGGCUGCAAUCGAGAAGAACAAGAAAUUGCUUGAGGAGAAGGAGAAAAAUUCGGAGGAGGCUUUGGCUAAUGCUGGUUCAAGCAGUAUUCCCCCAGUUGCCAAGGCUUGA